GUUUUGUUGCUGGUUUCGUGGCAGUUAAAGAGUGCGUUGAUACAUAUGUAUGUACAUGAUGACGACUAGACAAGAUGUGGGUGGUCGGUAGAGAAAUCAUUUCAACAGUAAUAUCUGCGCCAUAUUCCCCCCCUCUCGAAAGUAAUUGUGUGUGUGUGAUAUACGAGUUCUCCAUGAAAAGAAGCUGCACUCAGUGGCCUAUACUAGAUGGCGGCAAAAAUAGGGAUAAAAAUAGUCAGCCACAUGCCUGCGGAAUUCAGUUCGACGUCGACUUUCGAGAGUUAUGUUACGCGCUGACAGCUUCAAAAGCAGCAGUGACAUUUUCUCCAAGCUGUGUUGCUUUAGAAGAGAUGCAAGUUUUUAAGUUCAAGUGGUGUGGUUUAAAAUCUUAUCUUUGUUCAGCUUAAAUCAACUCACCCACGGCUGUGAUGACGACGUCUUUACUAAAAUAAUUAGCGGUCCGCAAGCAGUCUGUGAUUGAAUGUGCCGGAAUCGCAACCGAAAAUUAUCAUUGCAGUGCAAGAGAAUAUUAGGGAAAAGUGUAAACUAAAAACAUAUCUUUUUGAAAUUGCAAUACCACCGAGCAACAAAUAACCGUCCCACUGCGAAAUAUUUAGUACGUAUUAUGUAUCAAGAAAGAGGUAAUGGUGGGCAACUAAAAUACAACAGAGUAUGUUCAACAUAAGAGCCGCAACAAGAACCACAACAACUAGGCAGAGCUACGAAAGACGGCUCCAACAAAAACAAAAUGACGACUACCGAAACUGAUUUGCGGCCGGCGAGGCUUACUGAAAGUGAAUAUUCAGUUCACCCAAGCACUGGACCACGAAAAAUCGAAGAAAUCAAAGUUUACAAACGCCGCUGGAUAGUUUUGUUCCUGUUUGUAUUUUAUUCGGGCGCAAAUGCUGCUCAAUGGAUUCAAUACAGUAUUAUAAACAACAUUAUUGUCAAAUAUUACGGUAUUAAUGACAAGUGGGUGGAUUGGACGUCAAUGGUAUAUAUGAUUGUCUAUAUACCACUAAUUUUCCCUGGCAGUUGGUUUCUUGAUAAGAUGGGUCUUCGCAUAACAGCGCUCGUGGGCGUUGUGGGCACAUGCAUUGGUUCAUGGAUCAAAGUAUUCUCCGUGCAACCGGAUCUCUUUUAUGUCACAUUUAUUGGUCAAACCAUUGUGGCAUUGUCCCAGGUCUGUAUUUUAUCCUUGCCGGCGCGAAUCGCUGCAGUUUGGUUUGGACCUCACCAGGUGUCUUCGGCUUGUAGUGUAGGUGUAUUUGGCAACCAGCUCGGCAUAGCAGUUGGUUUCGUGCUGCCUCCAAUUUUAGUGGAAAACUCCGAUGAUCUGGAUAAAAUUGGCAGCGAUUUGCUUUUUAUGUUUUACUGCUUUGCAGGCUUUACGACCGUUUUAAUGGUGCUGAUGAUACUUUUUUUUAAGGAUAAACCACCUACACCGCCAAACCCAAAGCGUUCGGCCACAUCUUCGGAUGAAGCAGCUGCUCAGGCACCAUUUAUGCAAUCAUUGAAGAGUUUGGUGCUGAAUCGCAACUACGUACUGCUUCUAAUUUCGUAUGGAAUGAAUGUUGGCGUAUUCUAUGCAAUAUCCACUUUGCUCAAUCCGGUGGUGCUCAAAUAUUAUCCAGGCCAUGAGGUUGACACAGGUCGCAUUGGAUUGUCUAUUGUACUGGCAGGCAUGAUCGGCUCCGUCGUCUGUGGCAUUGUGCUAGACCAAAUGCGCAAAUUCAAAGAAACUACGUUAGCGGUUUACGCCUUCUCAAUGGUCGGUAUGUGGAUAUUUACAUUUACAUUGGAUACAGGACAUAUUGCCGUGGUCUACGUGACAGCUGCACUUUUAGGUUUCUUUAUGACGGGGUAUUUGCCAGUAGGCUUUGAAUUCGCCGCCGAACUGACAUAUCCGGAACCGGAGGGAACCUCCUCGGGUCUGCUCAACGCAGCCGCGCAAAUUUUUGGUAUUGGAUUCACAUCCCUGUAUUCCGAAGUAUUCUACACCUAUGGAGAUAUACCAGCCGAUGUGAUCAUGUCAAUUAUGCUGGUGCUGGGCACGCUGAUCACGGCGCUAAUUAAGCCAGAUCUGCGCAGGCAAAAGGCGAAUCGGGAUGCCAUGCCACCUGUAGAGACCUCAGAUGUUUCCGUCAUCACAUCUGGGAAGUUGGACGGCAUCAAUCCAUAGGAACGGAUUGAUUUUGUUUAAGCAGUGCAAUGAUCGAAUGUAUGUUUAGUAUUUGAAACUAUUUCAUAGAAGCUUUAAAGUUUUAUCUUUUCCCAUUUUUAUGAAUUAACAACGCAUUUUAGUUGUUUGAUGAUUGCAGCGCUUAAGCAAAAUCUGAGCUCAAAAAUAUUAGCUCAAGUGGUAAUAAAUAUUUAUGCAUUAACUAGAUACAUAUUUGCACCUCUAUUCUGCACCGUUUACGUAUUCGGAUUUUGGUACGAAUCGUAGAAAUCGUAUGCUGCAAUCCGAAUCGUAUUUUCGAACUUUCGGAAGUUGUUAUUGCAUUAACUGCAUUGAGAAUCAGUUCUUCCGGCAUAGGAGGAGUUAUGGCUUGGAGUUCAACAAUUCAACCAGAAGUUGACAUACAUAUGUAGAUGCGUCCAUGGUUACUAUGCCCAACA